AAACAAGGGCUUGGCAAAAGUGACAAGAAGAUUAAAGCAUUUGUGACCACACAGUCAUCGACUCUCUGCUUUUGUGCUUUGCCCAAAUAAGAAUUAAGGCAGCACCAAGUGCAGACAGCAGGGGAAGGAAGAGAGGGCCCUGAGCGCGCACUGGCAGCGUUUGGGAGCGAUAUUGCAGUCCUGGUGACAACAGGGCCGGAAGACGGAGACUUUCAAAUAUAUGAUAAACGAACGGAGCGUUCAGAGCCCAAAUCAAUAAACACAGACAUGAAGUGAACAGACGGGAAGAGAAGGAAAAGAGAACAUGAAGGCACCAUAAAAUCCUGCUGCCCGUCACAACAUGGAAGCCAUUGCCAAGUUCGACUUCACCGCCUCCGGUGAGGAUGAGCUGAGCUUUCACACUGGAGACGUUCUGAAGAUCCUAAGUAACCAAGAAGAGUGGUUCAAGGCAGAGCUUGGGAGCCAAGAAGGAUAUGUGCCCAAGAAUUUUAUAGACAUCCAGUUUCCUGAAUGGUUUCAUGAAGGCCUCUCGCGACACCAGGCAGAGAACUUACUGAUGGGCAAGGAGGUUGGUUUCUUCAUCAUCCGGGCAAGCCAGAGCUCCCCAGGGGACUUCUCCAUCUCCGUCAGGCAUGAGGAUGAUGUUCAGCACUUCAAGGUCAUGAGAGACAACAGGGGUAAUUACUUCCUGUGGACAGAGAAGUUUCCAUCUCUAAAUAAGCUGGUGGACUACUACAGGACGACCUCCAUCUCCAAACAGAAGCAGAUCUUUCUGAGAGAUAGAGCCCAGGAGGAUCAGGGGCACCGGGGCAACAGCCUGGACCGGAGGCCCCAGGGGGGCCCGCACCUGAGCGGGGCUGUGGGGGAAGAAAUCCGGCCCGCUAUGAACCGGAAGCUGUCGGAUCACCCAGCGCCCCCUCCCUCGCAGUACCCCCCGGCACCGCAGCAGCAGCGCUAUCUGCAGCACCCCCACUUUCAUCAGGACCGCAGGGGAGGCAGCCUUGACAUCAACGACGGGCUCUGUGGCGUGGGCGUGAGCAGCGAGAUGAACGCCGCCCUCAUGCACCGGAGACACACAGACCCAGUGCAGCUCCAAGUGGCCGGGCGAGUGCGGUGGGCCCGGGCGCUGUACGACUUCGAGGCGCUGGAGGACGACGAGCUGGGCUUCCGCUGCGGGGAGGUGGUGGAGGUCCUGGACAGCUCCAACCCGUCCUGGUGGACCGGCCGCCUGCACAACAAGCUGGGCCUCUUCCCCGCCAACUACGUGGCCCCCAUGUUGCGAUGAGGCCCUUCCGGCGGGGCCAGAGGCUUUGGUCUGAAGCUGCCUGCAAGAGAGGGGGCAGGGAAGAAAAGCUGGAACUAGAGAUACACACGUGUAUGUGUGUGUACGCACACACACGCCUAUGUGUACAUACAUUUGAUAAUAGUAAUUUAUUGGCGAUUCAGUUGCUUCAUUAGUCGAUGUGAAAGGAAGUCAGGUGGAGAAAUUUUCAUUCUUGUUUUUCUGCUCUCCUCUCAGCAGGGGUGUGGAAGGCAGGGGGAAAGUUGGAGUGGGGGGCGGCAGGGACGUGAAACCGAAAUUCCUCCUGCUCUUAAGACUGACCGCUUCCUCCUGGUCUUGGGAAGUUUCGCUGAGCUGAGAGCCACAUCCCGGCGUUGGAUGCAGACCAGGGUGCAAGCCGGCCCCGGGGGCACCUGGGGGGCAUGUUGCAGCUUGCCCCCAAACCCCGCUCCCCUUGAGGUUUUGCAGGGCAAUUUCCCUCCUGUUCUACCAGAGUGGGCACUGCUCGGUUGAGGCCAAAGAGCAGCCACACAGGACCAGAGCAGCAGAGGCCUGGAGGCCUGGGCGAGGCUGGCCUCCUGCUCCGUGCUCAGCGGAGACCUUCGCCUCCCUCGACGGAGUGCCAGUUUCCUUCUGCCACGGAGAAACAGAGACCUCGAGGAGCCCAGCACCGGCAAAUGGAGGGAUUUGCACAAAUCCCCAGUGGUUUACUUGUGUGUCCCCCUCUGUUUCCCCGGAUACCAAGAAAACAGCCACUGACGUUCUGUAAAGUGCUUGGAGAAGCCCUGGCUGAGAAUGCGGGAUUUUAAACCCAUUGUUUCAUGGCUCCCAGGGCGUCUCCUCAGGUCUCUAUUGGUUUUCCUGUGUCUUGAGGCUGCUUUGCCCAGUGGCAGAGAGGGGAGCCCACUCCACAGAAGCAUUGACCAGCAGCUGUUGACUGGUUGACUGACUGAACGUGACCCUGGGAGGGAGCCGGCUUUGACAGGGGCUUCCUGUUGGGUCUGCCUGUAGAAUCGUUGUUGGCAUUCCCACCCGACCCCCCACAUCGACCCAAGAGCUGCGCCUGGGGAGAGGGAUCCCCCUGCCACUGUCUCUCCUGCCACCUCAAAAGAGAAUUGUGUUUCCUUGGGCUCAGCUAGGGGUGUGGAGCACAGACGGGCCUGGCUGGGGAGGAGAGACACUGGGGAAGGAAACCGUGUUCUGGUGGAGGCCGGGAGCAAGCCCGUCUGCACCGGGAGCCCUGAGAAGAGGGGAUGUGUGCGUGACUGAGGCCUGAGUGAAAGCGUGGCGUGCGCGUGUUGGUGAGGGAGAAUGGUGGGGGGUGAGGUGUGCCUGCUCUUUUGUCUUCUUUCCCAUCCCUUCUUGCUCCAAGGAGUGACGGAGGCAGUCAUUAUCGAGAGUGAAAAGAGGAGAAGAAAGAGUUUCUGGCUCAGAAGCAACUGUCAGGGUAACGUAGGCCGUAGGCCGAGUCCCUUUGACUCUGAAUUCUAGGAGUCUGUGAUCCCUGUGUUGCCUUUAGAAAAAAAAAGGGAGGGGGGUGGGGAAAGAAGGCACUCCAUGGCGAGUCUUGGGAGGGAAGAGAAAACAGCCUGAGAGAGGCAGGGGGAGUCAAGUGACAGUAAGGAGCAUCUGGCUCGCAGCCUUUAGAAAUCAAAGCACAGAAAGGGAAAGGUAGCAGAGAUGUUUCAAAAGAUCAAAGAGCAGCAUGAGAGACACAAAGGGAGGGAAAGGGAGUGAGGUGGUAAGUGGCACAGGCGAGGAAGACUCGAAGACGGUGGAGAGUCAGCGGGUGGAGGGAUGGAGCAGGUGGGGAAGGAGCAGUUACCGCGGAGCCAUGACUGCCGGGGCGAAGAUACCGCAGGAGUGCAGAGGACCAAACAGGGAGAGAGGAAAGCAAGACAGAGAAGACCUAAAAGCUAUUUUGGUGCUAGGUAAUGUGAACAUGUUACAGUAAAUAAAAGCCAAAAGUGA